UUACUCUGUCAGCAACGAAACGCAAAGCGAUGACGCCAUUUUGUUCCAAUGGCGACGCUUGUCAGACUCAGUCAUUGUCUGUUGCCCUUUGUAGUCGAGAUCGUUUUUACGUACUCCUGCAAGCUUUUGACAACUAUGGCGUCUUCGAAGCCCCAUGCUUCUGUGUUCGAAGAGCCCGAGUCGAGUGAUGGUGAAGUGCAAGUGUUCGACUCAACUGAGCCGCUUGGCACGACCUCCUCCUCCUCUUCUGUGGCGUUUUCUACUAGUGCGCGAGUGUUGGACUCAAUAGAGCCGCUUGUGCAAGAGUUGGACUCUGAUGAGCCACUUGUGCUCUCGCGACCUACGGUGUCGAUUUAUGACGACCCCGUUCCUGGUCCCAGUGGCUUGGCUGGCUCUAGUGGGACGGCUGGCUGUAGCGGGCUAGCUCGUUCCAGGGGUUCGUCGGCUUCUUCGUUGGAGGAAGACUUUGUUCCUGCUUCUCCAAUUGCUGGCCUUAGCGGGUUAGCUCCGGAGGAUGAGGAAGAACUUGUGGGUGCGCCGGUGCCUCAGCCUACUGGGUCAUCUGGCAGAAGAAUAAAGCCGUACGCGGAGGAGUUAAGAAACAUGUGGAACUGGAAGAAAGUUGUCCUAGAAUUGGGGACGGAAGACCAGUGUCUGCAGUUUGCAGAGGAUAGAGGCCUUAUUCCUGCUACAAAAAUGUGCAGGAUUCACCGCAAUCCAAUGGCUGUAACUAAGGCAGGCAAAUUUGGAAAAUUUAGAUGCAGGAAGAGCACCUGUAGAACCGAAUCAGUGUCCCGUGCAAAAGGGACCUGGUUUGACAAUGUGUAGCUGCCUAUCUCUGCAAUAUUCCGAAUAAUGUUUUGCUUCAGCGAGGGCUUGUCGUAUAAUGCUACAAUGAAGCAUGUAGCCUCCCGGAACUACCCCGCUGUGACUUCCAGCAAAUCAAUUGCGGAUUGGUUUAACUUUUGUCGGGAGGCAGUCAUGUUUUACGAGUUGGGCCAUCAAAAGGGCACAGGCA